CAGAACGUCGGACAGAGUGGACGGAGACGGUUAGUAAUAAGUAGUCACAACUCCAAACAUGUCUCGUUUAGACAUUUUGACGAUGAAUUCAAAUUGUGGUGUCCUGCGGGAUGGAGGCCUCUGUGGCAGGAGGAGUGGACCUGCACCGGCAGCAUGCCGUGUAAGGAAGCGUGCUGCCUUUAAGUGUCCCUGCUGCAGGGAGGACACGCCAGUCCACUGGUCCAAAGCUGCCCCGAAGAGGAGGAGGUCCUCCAACAUUCAACCUGCAGUAGAAAAGGCAGCUGUUCCUCCCUCGGCCAUUCCACACCACACCCUACCAGUGGCAUCGCUCGUCCCGCGCGUCCCACCGCCCUGCGCUUGUACUCCGCUGGCGGCGCUAAACAUCCACGGCCUCACAGUGGAGCAACACCAGCGUUUAUAUCACCAGGUGGUGGAUGACAAACUGAGGUUCAAGAAUGGCCAGAUACGUCCCUACAGCCUAGAUCUGGGGCGUGUAAUAAAACAGAAAAUGUGGGAAAAACAGUCACGCCCCACCUUUGAUGAAACUGUGGCUGAGAAGGGAAGAGUGGAGGUCACUCAAUCAUACGGAGGUGGAGUCUUCGCACCUCUGUAUGAUGUGGACGUUAGCCUGGAGCCCAAACCCCCUAAGUUGAAAAAAACCUACUUUGAGUAAAUAUGAAGGAAGGGGUAGAAGACCAGAAGAGGAGGUGGGGGUCACUUUAAUUACCCUCCCCAUCCCUUUAACCCCCACUCUGCCUCUUUUGACUCCUACCUUCAUGUUUGUCCAAAGUAUGCUACAACACACAACUUUGUGAACUGUAUCUAAUGUAUCAUUAUUUUGUUAAUUGUAUUUAUAUUGUAUAUAUUUUUUCUAUGUAUAUAUAUACUAUUUUCGUUAAUAAAUUAUCUUUUGUUAUAC